AGCGAGCUUGCUAUCUCUAGCAUUCUUCCCAUCCCAACAACUCAAGACAUGACAAGAGCUAACGGCGCCGUACAUGACAGCCGCCGGAGCAUGCAGCACGCGGAAGGCCCCGCGGCCGUGCUCGCCAUCGGCACGGCUAACCCGACGGGCACCAUCGUGCCCCAGGACGAGUUCGCGUACCAUUUCUUCCGCGUCACCAAGAGCGACCACCUUACUGACCUCAAGGAAAAGCUAACGAGAAUAUGCCAGAAAACAGGCAUCGAGAAGCGGCACUUCCACAUGACGGAAGAAAUGCUCCUUGCCCACCCGGAGUUCAUCGACAGAGAGCUGCCAUCUCUCGAUGCUCGCAUCGACAUCGUUGCCACCGCGGUCCCGAAGCUCGCUGAGACUGCCGCGGUGAAGGCCAUCACCGAGUGGGGCCGUCCGGCCACUGACAUCACCCACCUCAUCUUCAGCACCUACUCCGGCUGCCGCGCCCCGAGCGCCGACCUCGAGCUCUCCUCGCUCCUCGGCCUCCGCCCGACGGUCUGCCGCACCAUACUCAACCUCCACGGCUGCUACGGCGGGGGCAGGGCGCUUCAUCUGGCCAAGGAGCUCGCCGAGAACAACCGCGGCGCGCGCGUCCUCGUGGCCUGCUCCGAGAUAACCCUCGUCUGCUUCGGCGGGCCCGACGGGAGCAACCUCGUCGGCCACGCUCUGUUCGGCGAUGGCGCUGGUGCCGUCAUCGUUGGUGCCGGUCCCUUCACCGGAGAUGAACGCCCGCUGUUUGAGAUGGUCGCAGCCACGCAGACGACGAUACCGGGAACUGAGUACGCGCUCGGCAUGCAAGUCGCGGGAGGCGGCAUAGAUUUCCACCUCGCCAUCCAGGUGCCGAUGCUCCUAGGACAGAACGUCGAGCAGACACUGCUCGACGCGAUUAGGUCGGCGCUUGGAGACGACGUCGAUGUUCCAAGCUGGAACGACCUCUUCUGGGCGGUGCACCCGGGUGGCCGUCCAAUCCUGGAUAACAUAGACAAGGUGCUCAAGCUGGAGCCUGGGAAGCUGGCGGCGAGCCGACAUGUGCUGCGCGAGUACGGGAACAUGAGCGGCGCGACGAUAGUCUUCGUGCUUGAUGAGCUACGCCGCCGCAGGGAGGAGGAAGGUGACCAGCAGCCUGAGUGGGGUGCGAUGCUGGCCUUCGGACCGGGAAUCACAAUCGAGACGAUGGUGCUGCGGUCCGCAUGCGGACGUGGUCUCAAGGAAACUUAAUUACGUACAGUUCUACAUAUAUACACGCAGUAUAGAUAUCACACGUCAGUCAAAGAAAGUAAACCACGUCCUAGAUAAUAAAAUAAUGCAAAUGUAACACCCGACUGUGAUAUACUUCAUCUCUAGGUCAUGAUGGUGGAGUACAAUUUGACCAAAACGUGCAAAUUGUUCUCCCAAAUAUAUAUUUGCGUACUUAAUGGAACGGUCCUUGUGUUAGAUCUGUCAUUAUGAUUAUUUCCAGAUUUACUUCCAUAAUUGUUAAGCUUUC